UAAAGCGUAUCAAGAAAAAUUUUUUAUUUUUAUUUUUUUUAUUUGUUCACUUUUAUAGUCGCAAUCGGAAACGGUAAAUUAAUUUCAAAUCAAUACUUUUUCCCCUUCCGUGUUGACCAAUUCCGUUCCUCAAACCCAAAUGGCACGUCGUAACUCGUAACCCCAUUCCGUGCUUACACUUCUUGACGUAAAUGUCAGAAUAUUUUCAUUACUAUAAAUUUCGAUCUAUGGCUUCUUCACACCUUUCAUGCUCCAAUUCUCAACUCCCGCCUCUGCAACUAACAUUCUAUCUUCAACAGAAGAGGUCGGAGAUAACAAUGAUCUUCUAGCUUUCAUCCACUUCGCUUGCUCCUGCAGAUGAUCACCUCAUCGGCGGCGAGCUUUCUCCACGCCGCCGCCGCCCUCGUCUGCAUCCUCCUCCUCUUCCGCACAAUCCUUUCGUUCAAAUCCCUUCUGUACUUACUUACCCGAUGCUGGCGUUGGGUCGAAGACCGAACUCAGUUCUAUCAAACUUUCAAAAUACCUCGAUACGACAAUGGUGGCGUGCAAGAAAACCCCCUUUACCGCAAAGCCGCUGCUUACAUCGCCUCCCUUCCCGCCGUCGAAGACUCCGACCAUACCGACCUCUUUUCGUCUGGCAUCCGCUCCAACGAUUUCUCCGCUCACCUUGCCCCCGGGCAAACCGUCCACGACUCCUUUCUCCACUCCCGCCUCUCCUGGACUUCCCAUCCCGACACCGGCCUUAUUCUUCGCCUCCGUCGCCAAGACCGGUACCGCGUCCUCCGGCCAUAUCUCCAGCACGUGGAGAACGCCGCCGUGGAGAUCGAGAUCCGUCGAAAGGAGAUUCGGCUUUACACGAAUUUCUCUGCUCAGAGAUGGGGAUCAGGGGUGACUAUGACGCACCCCGCCACAUUGGAAACAGUGGCGAUGGAUCCGGAGGUGAAGUCGCGAGUAAAAGCGGAUCUCGAAUCGUUUCUAAAGGGGCGCAACUACUACUCUCGGCUUGGCCGUGUGUGGAAGCGGAGCUACCUUCUACAAGGCGCGCCGGGAACAGGGAAAUCCAGCUUCGCCGCUGCUAUGGCGCGUUUCCUCUGCUACGAUGUCUACGAUCUCGAUCUAUCCCUCGUCUCCGACUCCGCCGAUAUCCGCUCGCUUCUCCUUACGACGACCCCGCGAUCCCUAAUUCUGGUCGAAGAUCUCGAUCGGUAUUCGGCGAGGUCAUGGAUGCUGAAUUUCAUGGACGGCGUGUUCUCCUGCUGCGGCGAGGGACGGGUGAUGGUUUACACGGCGAGCGGAGGCAAAGGCAUUGAUGAUCCCGCGGUUGUCCGGCCGGGUCGGGUCGAUGUCCGCAUCCAUUUCCCGCUAUGUGAUUUCAUGGCGUUUAAGAUGCUGGCUAGUUGCUACCUCGGAUUGAAGGAUCAUAAGCUGUACAGGGAAGUGGAGGAGGGCUUUCAGACCGGUGGUCGUAUUAGUCCGGCGGAGGUUGGGGAGAUAAUGAUUGCGAACAGAGGAUCGUCGACUCGAGCGAUAAAGUCAGUUAUCAAUUCUCUCCGUAAAUCGGCUUCGUUUGGUGCGGUGGAGAAGAGGAUUAGGGUUAUGGAUGCUGCGUGUGGUGUGGGUGGUAUUGGGAUACGGAAGGAAGGGAAGGUGAGGGAGUUGAGGAAGAUCUACAGUUUUGCUCGGUUGAGGAGCCGAAUUAGGAGGGAAGGAAGGACGGCGAUGGGGGGUUCUGCGGCGGCCGGCGAACUGGAGAAGAGCAGCUGAUGAAGUUCGGUACUUGGGUUACGACACGUAACCCCUUCGCGUUCUGCCCUGCAACUCUUGUAUUCUAUUAGGUUUUUGUUGAUAAACGGAUCAACAUCAACACUGGGUUUGGGCAGCCAUGUAUCUAUUUGUAUUUUUAAUUAUAAACUUUUUUUUUUGUG